CAGCCACCGCAGCAGCAAGCGGCCGCUGCGGACGGGGAGGAGGAGGAGGAGGAGCAGCAGCAGCGGCAGGAGAAGCACAAGACGACAGAUGCAUUUCGGGUCAGGCUUCGGAGAGGCGAGCACGCGUCCGAUGCCGGGCCCGCUUCCAGCAAACGUAGCACGGCGGUCUCUCGCGCGAGCGGCGCGCGCUUCAAGAUGUUGAAACAGGUAGGCAUCACUUGCGACCAGUGAUGCGAUGUGCUGCCUUCCCCCGCCAACGCCUUGCGUAGUGUGUAGUGCACCGACGGACCUUCAUUUCGCCGUUUUGUGUGUGUUCUUCCCCGUCCGAGAUCGACACUGACGAGCCCACCCAACGUUCUGGAAUCCUCGCUGUGGUCGCUGGCCUCGAGGACAAGCAGCAAGAGCCCGAGCAGGACCAGGAACCUGAGCAACCCGAGGAAGAGCAGCAGCCAGAGAACGCGGUCCAGAAGACCGAACCAGCUUCACCUAGUCAAGAAGAACCCACAAGCAUGACGACUGCCACGUCGCCCCCACCCCCGCCCCCGGAGACGGAGCAGCCGGGGCAGCAGCAGCCGCACGGCGACAGCGCCGUCGACAGCCCCGCCCCCGCGUCCGCCGUCAUGAAGGACGAGCAGCCCGAGUCCACGUCCACCAUCACCGAGGAGCUCGGCUCCAGGCUGGUGUGUGCCGUGUGCGACGCCGUCCUCGCCUCCGAGGCCGCCCUCGCCGCGCACAUCCAGGAGCUCGGCCUCAACCACAUCGGCGGCGGCGACGAGGUCCAGGGCUUCGCCUGCCGCGUCUGCCGGCGCGCCUUCGACAGCGCCGACCUCCUCGAUAGACACGUCCAGUCCCACCCCGGCGAGCAGGUGUUCAAGUGCCCGCUGUGCGGCCAGGCUCUGCGCACCAACGGCGGCCUGGCGCGGCACCUCCGCGGCCACCUGGACGGCCACGUGGACCUCCUGCGCCUGAGCCAGGCGGCCAAGCGUCGCCUCCCGGACAACCACGUGGACGACAGUGACUACGAGGUGGAGGCCAAGCGGAGGUCCCCGUCGAGCGCGGCGAGCGACGAGGAGGUGGCCCCCGCCCCGCAGCCCGCCCCGCUCGCGCCCGCCCCCACGGUGCACCUCUUCACCUGCCCGGUGUGCCCGCCCUCGCAGCCCUUCCGCGUCCAGUAUCUGCCCGAGCUGGAGGCGCACCUGGAGCAGUGCCACCGCGACUACAGCGUCACGUGCGAGCUGUGCAGCGAGUCGUUCCGCAGCGUGCGCGCCCUCAACCUGCACGUGCACUCGGUGCACCGCAGCGGCGGCAAGGCGGGCCGCGUGCGCGACGUGUACGGCUUCAAGGACCUCACCUUCGUGGACUUCACGAGCCAGAAGUUCGCUCACAUCGCGCGCGCUGAGUGCGAGAAGAGCCUGCACCGCGCCACGAGUCGCCUGCAUCCCUUCCAGUGCGAGUGCGGCCUCGCCUUCCCCUGUGACUCGGCGCUCGCCAUCCACCGCCAGGCUUGCCCGAACACGGUGUACGUGGACUCUCCCGCCGAUUUGUCUCGCAACGGCGUGGUGCCCGUGCGCCGCCCCGGGACUGGCUCGGACCUUGUGCCGCCCAGGGCCGCAUCGCCCAAGGGCGACUUCUUCGCCAAGCUCGACCUGCUCAACAACGCCUCUACAAGCCCGUCACUGUCCGCGCCGCCUCCGGCCUACAUGGACCGGGACCUGGCCGACAUCCAGAGCAUCCAGAGCAUCCUGAACGUGAGCGCGACGAGCGGGCUGGGCCACGAUCACGUCGACGAGCGCGGCGAAGAGCACGAGGAGCAGCAGGACGCCUUUGCGGCCGAGUUCCGGCGCAUGAAGCAGCGCGGCGAGUUCCCCUGCCGCCUGUGCCCCGAGGUGUUCCCCAACCUGCGCGCGCUCAAGGGCCACAACAGGGCUCACAUGGCGGCGCCGGGCGCGGACGGCUACCGCUGCAACAUGUGCCCGCACUCGGCGCUGGACAAGGUGGCGCUGCAGCGACACAUGCGCACGCACAACGGUGCCCGCCCCUACGAGUGCGCGCUGUGCCGCUUCGCCUUCACCACCAAGGCCAACUGCGAGCGGCACCUGCGCAACCGGCACGCCAAGUGCUCGCGCGACGAGGUCAAGAGCUCCAUCAUCUACCACCCGUCCGAGGACCCGGGCAACGACCCGGAGCAGCAGCAGCAACUCCAGCAGCAGCUGCAGCACGUCAAGCUGGACGUUAAGCGGUCCCUGUUCGCCGAGCCCUCCGAGCAGACCAUGCUCCUCGACGAAGACGCACGUCGGCGUCGCAGUCUGGACGUGGGCACCAUGACGUCUACCUCAGAGGACGAGCGUGAGGAGCCCGUUGACGUGGACGAACAAGACAUGCCGGAGUCUGGACGCCAGUCUCCGCUCGACCUCAGCAUGGUGCUCGAUCUCAGCAAGAAGCGACCGCCCAGCCCCAUGGAUGACGGUCAGGAGAACGAUGAGAUCGUGCCCGAUGAAGAUGAGGAGAUGGAGGACGAGGACCAGCCCCAGGAUCUGUCCCGCAAGUCGUCGUCCGAGUCCUGCUCAGCGGCGGCGCCCACCACGCUCCCGCUCCACCUCAACAACCAGUCCACCCCUCUACAGUCGCCGGAGCCUGCCGCCCCUGCAGCUGCACUGCCGUUCCCCGGCCUCAACCCCCUGUACGUGAGCCCGUACCAGCUCACGCCCCCCGCGCAGGUCCCGGGCCUUCCUCCGGGCCUCGCUCCAGGGCUUCCCUUCCCCGCCGCCUACUACCCCGGCCUCCUCCGCAGCCUGCAGCUUGGCCAGCUUCCUCAGCUGGGUCCCCUGGGCCCGAGCGGGCUCGUGCUGGAGCCCAUGCGCCUCCUUCAACGGCCGCCCUUCCUCACCGCCACCGAGUCCCCCGUCGCCUCCUCUGGCCUCAUCCCCGACCACAAGGAUGACUCGGGCGUCGCUUGCCCCGCCGCCAGUCCCAAGUCGGAGAGGAGCUCCGCGUCCGACUCGCACCACCAGCAGCAACAGCAGCCGUCCAUCCUGAGCAGUGGCAGCAGCAGCAACGGCAGCAGCAGCAGCAAGAUGGUGAUGAAGAACGGUGUGCUCAUGCCCAAGCAGAAGCAGAGGCGCUACCGCACCGAGCGCCCCUUCUUGUGCGACCAUUGCGACGCCCGCUUCACCCUCUCGUCGAACCGAGAGCGUCACGUCAAGCACCAACACCCACAGUUCUGGAAGGACAAGCACCGCGGCCCCUCCACCCCCGCGUCGCUCAAGGCGGGAACGCCGCCCUCCACCCCGGCGCCCGCCCCCGUCGACGCGUCAACGCCGCUGCGCGCGACUUUAAUCAGCGCCACCACGCCCAGGAAGAUCGAGGAGGACGAUGAGGACGAGGGUCUUGUCAUCGACGAGGAACGCCCCUCCAGCGAGGAGCACCACGUGGACGACGACGGCGUCGAGGGCGACGCUGAAGACGAGGGUCACCAGGUCAAAGUUCAGUCGUCUGCGGCCCCCGGCGAGGACCUCGCCAGCGUGUCCAGGCUGCUGGACAAUGCCUCCAUGCAGACGUUCAGGCACUUCCUCCGAGACGGCGACGAGCAGACGGCCACCCUCCGCCUCCCGCUCCCCCACCCGGCCACGCCCACCGGCCCCGCCCACUCCCCCGCGGUACCCGCUCUCGGCGCGCACCACGAGGAGGGCCUGGGCAUGGGCUUGGCCAGCGAGGAGGACAUGGACGAGGAGGGCCUGGUCGCCGGCUCCCCCAGCGAGGGCAACAACUCGGGCAGCGAACAGGACAAGUCCGAGUGUGAAAGCGCCGCCGUCCCCCAGAAGAAGAAGAGCGCCUACUCGCUGGCGCCCAACCGUGUGUGCUGCCCGUACUGCUCGCGCAAGUUCCCCUGGACGUCCUCGCUGCGCCGGCACGUCCUCACCCACACUGGGCAGAAGCCCUACAAGUGCACCUUCUGCCCGCUGCUCUUCACCACCAAGAGCAACUGCGACCGGCACUUGGCUAGGAAGCACAGUAACAAAAAGGACGCCAACAGCAGCAGCAGCAGCGGCGUUAGUACGAACAGCGGCACACCCAACAGCAGCACGGCCAGCGUGUCCCCGGGCUCCUCGGCCGGCAGCGGGUCGCCGCCGGAGGUCCUCAGCGUCCGGGCAGCCGCCCUCAGCCCCCCGCCCGCGGGUCCAGGCACCCCUGGCCACGGCUACACCAUCCGCCCCUACCGGUGCCGGCACUGCCCCAGCUCCACCUUCGCCUCCCUGAGCAACCUGAGGAAGCACGUGUUCACCAAGCACUCGGGGGCUUCCCUCGAGAGCUGCAUUCUGCCCAGCGACGAUCUUGGCAGGGCCAACCUGAGCGGUUACGAGAGCCACGGCAGCGUGAGCGACGUGGAGCACCCCGAGCACGGCGACGAGAAGGUGGAGGACAAGAAGAUGGAGAUGAAGGUCCCCUUGUUCAGCUCAAGUCUUGAACAGCCUCUGAGCUUGUGUAAGGUGGAAAGAAACUAUGUGGACGUUAAGGAAGAGCCAGCGCUCAACUUACGCAGGAGCUCCGAGCCGGGCCAAGAGAGGGCUGUCGUCAGUGGAGCGGACAUCAUGAGGGAGGCUCACAAUACCAUGAUGUCGGCUGCCAACCUGACUGUCCCCAUCACCGCUCCGGUGGUUAGCAUACCGGAGGGAACGACCAGGACCUCAGAGUCUUCAGUGACUCUCUCCUCAUCGGAACUUCCCUUCAAGUGCCAUCUCUGUGAUGGGAGCUUCACAGAACGCCAGGAGUGCUUAGACCACAUCAGACUGAACCAUUCUUCUGAAUAUGACCUUUUGCUGUCCAAGGGACAAUUGGAACUGAAUGUUUCUACUUCACCUGAGGAGAACAACAAUGCAAUGGACGAAAACCACCAUGCUGAUGGAGAAAACAUUGAGCAUAUUCGUGGGAAAUUCCCUGACUAUGCUAACCGAAAGGUAAUGUGUGCAUUCUGUAUGCGCCGUUUCUGGUCUGCUGAGGACCUUCGCAGGCAUAUGCGUACACACACUGGGGAGCGUCCAUUUUCCUGUGAUGUGUGUCGCAGGCGUUUCACUUUGAAGCACAGCAUGUUACGUCACCGUAAGAAGCAUACUGAUAGCUCCAAUAACAGCAUAAAUGCCCCUGUAGCAAAUUCUACAGGACCUGAAGAUCUCUCACCGUCAGCAACAAGUGGAGAUGAAGAGGGAUUACACGGGCCCUUCCCUGCUAAUUUCCAUAUGCAUCAUGUACAACUAAUCAACCAUAAUAACAAUAACAUUCUAAUUAGCAAUCUCUUGGGCAUUAAUGAAGCUGUCAUUGAUCAGAUGCUUAUAAGUAAGUCAGCUGAUGAUGCAGAAAAGCUGCUUGGCGUUUCUAAGCAUGGAAAUAGAAGCAGUAAUGGGCGUACUUAAGUUGUAGUGCAUUAUGAAAAGGUGCUGUUAAAGUUUGUUGACUGUCUAGCAGAAGUCUCAGUUUCAAGCCAAAGUUAUCUAUUAUAUUUGACUCCAAAUGUGUCAGAGGUUUAAGUCAUUUAUGUUAUUUUAAUUUUUAAUUGUAAAAAUUUACUUCUUUUUUAUGUACAUUCUGAUGCCAUAUAUUUUUGUUGGACCUAUGUCCAUUGAUUCUCAAAUGCUGGCAAAAUAUCUUGUUCUUCAGACUUGACAAAGCCAAAGGCUGAUUCACACAUUAGUUGUGAUUCUUUUAAGUCAACUGCUUCUGAAAACAAAAAUAUUUUCAGAACUUCAAGUCUAAAUUUUAUUAUUGUUUUGUUCUUAGCAUGGAGAGAGUAUGCUUAACUCCCUCAAACACCAAAGUAUGAGCCUGCAUUUAUACCUAGUCAGUACUCUGCGGGUGAUCUGAAUUGUUAGUCUAUAUUCUAAUAAAAUUUGGACUAAUGAUUUCAUAGUGAAAAUGAAAUGACAUAUAGACAAAUGAUGAUUGCUUGGAGUAAUAAUGAAUUUUUACCAAAGAUAGUUUAGAAAAAAAUAUUGGAUAUUUGGUUCAACAUGAACAGGAAAAGUCUUCUACUGAAGGUGCAAAACUGCAUCUUCUUCUUCUCAUUUUUUUAACUUGUUUAUUUGUUUUAAUAUGAGCUAAUGAGGUACCUGCCUUACUCUAAGGAAAUGCAAUAUGUUAUUUAUUUCAAUUGUUAGAACUUCUGUGUUUUGCCAUUUGCUUUUAAAAAGAGCAGGCAAUACCAGUUUCUGCAUAUGCACCUUCUAAAAUAUUUUUCCUUUCUCUGGAGAAUAUUUUGGAUGCAAAUGUAAAACCUGUUAACUUCAUAGAAAACUAUUGCCAUUGAUUGUAGAUUUUCUUUUUGCCAAUAUGGAAAGAUAGUUUGCUGUAAAGCGGUUCUCUUGAGACUCACUGUACAGUUGUAAAAUGUUAUGUUAUUUGGUAUCUCAAUCUGAUCUCAGAUAUUUCUAGUAUUUUCUUCAUUAUGUAAUGGAUGAGUGUACCUCUCUGUUAAGUCACUAGCAGCUGAAGCAUUUCAGUGUGUUUCUUAUAACACGCUUUUGCUGUCGCUCUUUAAUUUCUUUCUUAUUUUGUGAGUAUCUAGUUAAAUCAUAUUAUAAAUACUUCAUACCUUUCAUGACUCUCCAUGAUCUGUCAUCUUAGUUUUGUUUAUAAUUUCAAAAAUUAAAUGAUGUUUUAGAUAAAAUUGUGCAAGAGCGAAUUGUAAAGCAAUAAGCUUAUGUUCCUUCUUAGGUGUAACUGCAAUUUAUCUAUAUAUGCUUUUCUCUUUUAGCUUGGGUUUUGUAGGGUUGUAUCUUUUGACUUGGGAAUAUAUUAUCCUGAUUUGUUUAAAUGGCACAAUUUCAAUUAGAGCUUAGAUGAAGGCUCUCUUAUCUGAGCGAAAUGCAUGUUCAAUGCUGGUGGUCUCUUCUUGUGUGUGGAUAAGGAUCAGCUUAACAAUCAUUUCAGAUGAUGUUUCAAUCAAUCAUUCAUUCUAGUAACUUUGAGGGUUUUCAGCUGUUGGAUUCCUUUGAAGCAUCUUGUAGGCAAAACGUAAAUAACUUCUUGUCAUGUUCCGCCAAUUCGGUACGUAGUCAAUCAAACAAAAAUUUCGUGGUUUUUCAUGAAUGUUCAUUCACUGUUUUAUUUUCCUGCUAGGUGAGUGCAUUAGUGUGAUAUGUAUAAUAUGACUGAUAAAAUCAGCAAUUUAGAUGUGCAAUUAAUUCUUGCAUUUUUCAUGAUUUUUCUUUUUAAAUUUACAUACCUGAGUGGUAUGGCUUAAAUUUUUGUCUAUAGUAGAAGUAUUGAAAGUUGCAAGAGCUUGGAGGAACUGUGCUCCUCAGGCUCUGUUGGAUCUGUAAUAUUAUUCAAAGCACACAUCAGCUAUAUUCCAAAGCGGCUUAGUAGAAUUUGUACUUAUCAUUGAUUGAGUUAGUUGAAAAUGUACAGUUAUUACCUGUAAUGUUUCAUUGUCUCUUAAACUGACCUUAUCUCUUCCAUUGGGAAGCCAAAGUAAGUUAGAUUAGAUUUUGUUCACCUCAUUUGAGUGUCUGCAGUUUCUUCUGGGAUCUUCUCACUCUUUCCUUGACAAUGGUUUUUGAUUUCCUAAUAAACUGUUACUCAAGUUAAUGUGCCUUGGUAUACCAGUGUCUGGCCUUACAUGCAAUAAUAGCAUGUAAGAACUACUGCCAUACUUGGUAUGCUCAUAUAAUGUAUUUGUCUAAAGUUUAAGCUUUCUUUGUUAUGUUUUUGUGUAAAUUAUGAUCUAAAGUUAUAAAUACAUUUUAUUAAAAUACUUAA